AUGAUGAUUAAACCUGGUACUACUUCUAUGGAAUGGGUUCCAACCAACAAAGAACUAAAGAUGAAAUCAGGUAAAAAACCAAAUAUAAUAUUAGACAAGAUAGAUGGUGUGAUUAGUAAGCUAUAUUGGAUGUACUAUGUCCAUUUACCCUUCUAUGUUAUGACUUCUGAUGAUGCUUUCUACCUACAUUUGUUCUUUCUUUCUAUAUUUAGUUUGAGUUUGUUUGGUGUUAUUAAAUACUGCUUCCUAUAA